UUAAAUAAUUAUGAUAUACCAGCUGAUUUUACAUUGAAUGAAAAUGAGCAAUUAUUAUCAUUCUCGUCAUCAAAUUCAAAUAUUAAUCAAGAUGACGAAGAUGAACGUAUUACUGGACAAGAAAGUUCAGAUGAGGAUUUAAUCAAUACAGAAGAUCAUAAUAAGGAGUUUACUUUCAGUUCAUUUGAAAAACAUUACAUUCGUUUUCUACUUGAUUUACGUGAAGGACAUUUAUUACCACAAGGCAUCAUUAAAUCAAUCACAUCUUAUUUCACAGCUAUGCUGGACGCAUUAUUUAAACUAAUCGAAAAUCAAGCAAUACAAUCAUCAACAAAUCCAUUAAUCUCAUUAGUUGAUAUAGGAAAAGUAUUAUUACAAAUAAAAAACUUAAUAUAUGAUAUUUCUAAGAACGACUAUCAAUUCCUGAAACGCUGCACAGAUUAUUUUGGAUACACAGAGCCAUUAAAAAUUGAACUAGAUGAUAAAAAUAAUUGUGGUUAUUAUGUUUCAAUUGAAAAAAGUAUUCAAAAUUUAUUGAACAAACCAGAUAUUAUUAAUUAUUUAAUUGAUAAUGUGACUAAUAAUAUAUCACAAACGAAGAAUGAUCCUGAUUUGAUGUUAACAUACCGAGACGGUACUGCAGCAAUAGAUAAUCCUUCAUUAAAACUUCAUCCUAAUUCAUUUUUAAUUCAACUCUAUUCAGACGGAAUUGGAAUAACAAAUCCUCUAGGUCCAAAGAAGGACAAACAUAAACUUACCUUAUAUUAUUUCCUUUUAGAAGAUUUACUAGAUUUUGUAAAAUCCAUGUUGCAAUCGAUUGGUCUAGUUGGAAUAUGUCCGACAAAAUUUUUAUCGAUACAAACAAAUCGUAUGAAAUUUUUUGAACCUAUUAUAAACGAUUUGAAUCAUUUACAAACAACUGGUUUAGUUGUUCAAACAUUCAAUGGACAAUUACAUUUUGCAUUUAGCUUAUUCGCAGCUGACAAUCUUGCAUCAAACGAAAUUGGAGGAUUUCAACAAAAUUUUAAUUCGGGACAAUUUUGUCGAUUAUGUCACAUUUCUUAUAAAUUCAGAUUGAUUCCAUUAACAGAUAUUUCAUUUCUGCCACGCACAGUAACUACAAAUGAUGCAUAUGUUCGACAAGCUGUAAACUUGUUUAAUACAAGACCUGUUGCUGGUGUUGUAGGUGAAAGUCCUUUGUCCAAAUUGAUUGCUUUUCAUGCAAUCAAAUCUUUGCCAAAUGAUUUGAUGCAUGAUUAUGCGGAGGGCGUGUGCCCGCUCAUAGUUUUAGCUAUGUUAAAAGAAAUCUCAGCGAAACGUCUCAUGACAUAUAAUCAAACAGAACAAAAAAUACAUACAUUUAGUUACGGAAUGAAUGAUCAGGUUAAUAAACCGCCUACAAUUCGUCCAACACAUCUUACAAAUAAUAAUAUAAUUGGUUCAGCAAGUCAGAAGCUAUACUUAUUUAAAUUAAUGCCAUUCAUAUUUCACGAUGUCAUUGAUCAACUAACAAAUACGUUAGAUAUUUAUACUUGCCUACGUGAAAUAAUUAGUUAUACUUGCUCAAUAAAAUUCAGAAAAUCUUGGUUAAUGUACUUUCAAUCGUUAACAAUACGUUUUCAGUCGUUAAUGGCUCAUCAUUUACCCGAUCUCAUUAUACCGAAAAUUCAUUUUGUCACUGAGUAUCUGAGAACAAUUAAUGCAAAUGGACCAGCAACUCGUUUUUGGUGUAUGCGGUUUGAAGAAGAGGAAAUUGAUGGAGCUACAUUAGCAAGAUUGCCAUACGAUGAAGUACGUACAUUAUUUCCAAACUUAAAAGAUCGAAUAUUAUUCACUGAAAAACGUGACUUAUUAAUCAAACAAUGUGAUAACAUUGCAAAUGAACAAUUAGAUGAUGGGGAUAUUUUGAAUCAAUCUAGCAAACAAACAUUUGAUACAUGCACGGCAUUACAAUCAACAACUUCAACACAAGAUUUGCUAAAUAAUCCAUCAUUAUCUAGUAACAAUAUGAAUGGUGACGAAUUUGAUACAGCAUCAAAUAUCGAUGAUGAGGUUAAUCAUGAUGAAACUGAUGAUUUAGAAGAACCUCAACAGAAUUUGCCAACCGAUUUUGCAUUUUCAUCACUACCAGAAGAAAUACAAGUGAUUAUUGAUGAGAAUAAGUUAAUGAAACUCCGUGGACAUACAAAUCAUAGACGAAUACUGCUCAACUUUGUGUUUAAAGCUGUUGCUACCACAUAUAAUUUAUUAUAUCCUGAAGCAAAUGAUUAUUUUUUAAUUACACAAACUUUGCUCAAAGCAUUAAAUAUUUCAACAACAGAUGCAAAUGCAGCUAAUGAAUGGCGAGAAGCAGUAAAACAAAAGUUCAAAAAUGGACGUCGACUUUUACAAAACACAUCUGCAGUAGUACAGAGAAAAAAAGAAAAAUUUGGAAAAGAUUCUGGACGCUUUGCAAAAAAAAGUGAAGCACUAUCUGCUGAACGAAAAUCUGAUAAAAUGAUUUAUGUUAGUACUAUUAUGGAUGAAAGUGAUGUUGAACAAUUAAUCAUAACAAUGAACGAAGGUAUUGAAAAUGAAACAAUACAUAACGACGAAUUAAUUACAUUAUGGAAAAAAACGUUUGGUUAUCGUCGGUCAUUCGUUCGUUCACACACAAUUAAUGAAAUACUAGAUAAAUUUCCUGGUUAUUCAUAUACACAUUUCAUGUUUGAAGAAGUCAAAAUGAUUGAAAACAUUGACAUUGAACAGAAUGUAAAUGAAAUAUUACCACGUUUAUUUGAUAAAUUACCGAAUAAUUCAUUAUUUGUCAUUGGUGAAACAACAAGUCCUACAACAGCAUUAGCAUUAUUAUUAUCGUUAUAUAAUGUAUUUUCAAUUAAGUUUGCUAAAAACAAUCAUACUUCUCAUUUACUAUAUGGUGUAUUUUUUCAAAAUGGAGAUGAACUUGGUAAAAAUCUACGAAUUAUAUUAAAUUCAUGGCAUUUCACAUUCGAAGAUCGAAUAAAACAUUCUCAAAUUCAAGCAACAAACGUUAUCGAUUCUGUCAGUAUGCCAUCCACGUCAAACUUACAGGUUCGUUCUACAUCAGCAACAACGACAGAAAUUAUUCAAUCAUCUAUAAUAUUGAACAAUAAAGAAAAUCAAUCACCUACAUCACCACAAUCAAUUCCAUUAAUAAUAGACGAACAAGAAGAACAAUAG